AGCUGUUUGCACCAAUUGAAAAUAAUGUUUGGGAACGAUAUAUUUGCUUACAGUUUACUUGUAUUUAUAACACUUGCAUAUAUUGCCAUAGGAAUAACGUCUUCCUUGUUGGCCGAGUGUCCGGGAAAAGAUGUAAAUGAAAUACGGAAACAAGCUGAACAAUAUGAGCUAUCGUUCUUGUUUUACCAUGUUACCUGGAGCACUGACAGUCAAGCAGCUCGGCUGGUGUACGAACACAUUGCACAAGCCUACGAAUAUCGGAUAUUUUUCGGUGUUAUCGACUGCUAUCAUCUUGCAUGCAAUUGUAGUAAAACAUAUCCUCUGUCACUAGGCUCAGGCGCCCCAAGCAAAUGGCCAACUCUAGUCAUUCGUUAUAGUAAUCGUAUUGUUUUGCAGUAUAACGGAGAAUGGACUUUAGAAGCUGUUCAACGUUUCAUUGAUUUUAUAUUUAUUCCAGUUGAGAGAUUGAACUCAAGGCUUGAAUUAAAACGUUUGACUAUGCAAAGAGAUGCCGUAGUCCUCGGUGUUUUCGGCAAUGGAUCACAAUUGGAGUUUCGCAAAUUUGUAAGUGCUGGCAUAAAAUGGCUGGAAACUGAUCCAGUUUCGAGUUUCCGCUUUGCUGCCGCGAUUGGUCCAGCAGCAAAAGAUAUUUUACAUAGAGCGAACGAUACCCAACAACGCUUGCCUCAAGUGUUGCUCAUUACGAGCAAAGGAGUAGUAGAAAUGCCGCCUAGUGAGUGGAACGUGAGUAAUAUAGUUGUGUGGCUACAAACCGAGUUUGCACGUUCACUCAAUGUAUUGUACGGUUAUAACUCGCCCAAAAGUUUGACUAUGCUUUUACAUUUAUCACCAGUACUGACCGUUAUUGCCAAUGACUAUUUCUACGAAUAUAUGAAUACAUUAACAAACUAUGGAAUUUCUUUAGAUGAGCAAUGUCAUACAGACAUUUGGCAAAGUGAGAUGGCUAAACUUCAAGAACUGGGAUAUGUCCAACAUACAAUGGAGAAAAAUGAACUUUUAAAGCCGUUAACUUGCUCCGCUAAAGAAUACCUUAGUCAAUGGAAUUUGAGGUAUUACUACGCUUUAGAUAGCUAUCUAAAACAGUUUAUUUGUGGCUUGAGACGAAAUUGUACCUUUGAAAAGGGUUUGGCGUCAUCGAAUAACAUACAUAAGCUAUGUACUAGCAAACAUCGAAACAGUUCGCCCUCUAUGAAAAUUGCAGCUGCGAAAUAUUUAAAAAA